GUUUAUUGUCUUGAUGCUGCUCCUUUUUCUCUAUAUUAAUAAGAAGUUCUGUUUUGAAAAUGUUGGCGGGUUUCCAGAUCUUGGUCCAGGCUCCAUCACAAGGAAGGACUCACAAGGUAAAAGCUGUAUAGAAUAAAAAACCAGUAGUAUUUGAGGGGAAAAUAUUGUCUUGCUGCUGUUAUGAUAGCUAUGGAGUGGGAAAAAAUGUCAUUACAUUUAAGCCAAGUGGUUUGAUUUUUUUUUUUUUUUGGAAGAGUCUUUGCUUCGACGUGUUUCUUUCAAUGCAUAAUGCAUUUACAGAAAGAUUAAAAGCCACAAUGCACAAUAAUAAUACUGAGCUCAUGAGUAACAACAUUUAAGUCAAUUUUAAAUUCAUAUUCCAAAGUGGUUGAUAUUUUGAGAAGAGGAAAUUCCAUUAUCACAUCUGUUAGGAAUAAGGGAUUAGAAAAUGGCAUUUUUCAAAACUUUCCAGCAGAAUCUGCCUUCAGUGUCUUCUCUGGUGGACACGAUCAGUAAUGCUGUAGAGGACCUAACCGCGGCUGUUGGGGAAGUCGGCUACACUCUAACUGACUCGGUUGCUGAACAGGUAACAAAUAUGAUAAAUGGCUUUCGCCCAGAAGAAGAAAGCUCUGCAGUAGCAGAAGUUGUAGCAGAUGCUUCUGAACAAGCAAAUGCUGUGUCACCAGAAUUCUCCAAAGACACUAACUGUCAGAAAACACAGUCCAGUUUAGAUCACAGAGCAAAUCGAAGCGGUUGUUACAAUACUUUAGUUUCACAAAAGCAAGAUCAAGGAAUGAAUGAAGAAAGAGUAUCCACACAUACUGAUGAUAGGCAACAGUCUCCACCAAAACCUCAAGACAGCAGUAAUGCUGGUAGUGAUUCUUCUUUGAAAGGUCACUUGAGUGAUGGUGGGAUCUCAGUUAUCAAGCAGAAUGCAAGGGCUGGAUCUGCUUCUCAAGAACUUGAACGUACUGACAGAUGUAAAAAAAUUGGAUUAGGAAUUCCUGAUAAUGGUAAGAAUUUAAAGGAGGUAAGAUCUCAAGAAAUGAAAGAAAAUCAUUUAAAGAAAGCUGAAAAACAUACUAAAAGUAAAGGAUCCAAAGGGAAUGAGUGGUCAGGAAAUGAGUGUUCUCCAAAAGAUAUUUUGGCAAGCAACAGACAUACGAUACAGAAACCCACUGUGAAAGAAGACAUACAUCCAGCCCUAUCAGCUAAUUCUCGAGAUAAGUUACACGGAAAAAUCAAAGAACAAAUAAAUCCAACAGCAUAUUACAAAGUGAAAGGAGACAUAAAAAUAAAGAAAAAUGAAGCCAUUUCUGCCCACAAAGGAACAGCAAGGAGUAAAGAUGAAAAAUAUUCUAAACUAAUACCAGGAAAAGAUAAUUCCUACAUGGACAAAGAUGAGCAUGGUUCAUCCUCUGAAAGUGAAGAUGAAGCACUGGGUAAAUAUCAUGAAGCCUUGUCUAGAACACACAAUUCCAGACUACCAUUGGCCGACUCGAGACAAAAGAACUAUGCUUGGGAAACAAGACAAAAAUACAGUCCUCUGUCAGCGGAGUAUGAUGGCUACAGUAGCGAAGCAUCGAUAGAUGAAGGAAACUGCAUUCAGAGAAUGAGAAGAACACCCCCACUGGAUGAAUUGCAGCCACCACCAUAUCAGGAUGACAGUGGUUCUCCCCAUCUCUCAUGUACGCCCUCAGAAAUUGGGGACAGUAAAUGUGAAUUUUCCCACUGCAGCAACAGUCCAAGAUGCUCAUAUAACAAGUGCCCAAGUGAAGGAAGCACAGGUCAUGAAGUAGAAAGUUUUCCUAAUAAAGGAUACGAAGAAGAUGUUCCAAGUGACAGCACUGCCGUCCUGAGCCCUGAAGAUAUGUCAGCUCAAGGAUCAUCUUCACAGCUUCCUAAACCUUUUGAUCCUGAGCCAGAAGCUAAAUAUGGCACACUGGAUGUGACUUUUGACUAUGACUCACAAGAACAGAAGCUUCUGGUAACAGUGACAGCUGUCACAGAUAUCCCGACAUAUAACAGGACAGGUGGCAACUCAUGGCAAGUACACCUUGUUCUUCUACCUAUAAAGAAACAGAGAGCAAAAACCAGCAUCCAGAGAGGACCAUGCCCUGUCUUCACAGAGACAUUCAAAUUUAAUCAUGUUGAAUCUGAGAUGAUUGGAAAUUAUGCAGUUCGGUUUAGACUGUAUGGUGUACAUCGCAUGAAAAAAGAAAAGAUUGUGGGGGAAAAGAUUUUUUAUUUAACAAAAUUGAAUCUUCAAGGGAAAAUGUCAUUACCUGUGAUAUUGGAACCUUCUUACAAUCAUUCUGGCUGUGACUCCCAAAUGAGCGUGUCAGAAAUGUCCUGUAGUGAAAGUACAUCCUCAUGUCAGUCUCUUGAACAUGGCUCAGUUCCAGAAAUUCUCAUUGGCCUGCUUUAUAAUGCCACAACUGGAAGACUAUCCGCUGAAGUGAUAAAAGGCAGCCACUUCAAAAACUUGGCAGCAAACAGACCACCCAAUACGUAUGUUAAAUUAACUCUCCUGAAUUCCAUGGGUCAAGAGAUGUCCAAAUGCAAGACAUCCAUCCGCAGAGGGCAGCCUAAUCCAGUAUACAAGGAGACUUUUGUUUUUCAAGUGGCCCUAUUUCAACUUUCUGAUGUGACACUCAUACUGUCUGUGUAUAACAAACGCAGCAUGAAAAGAAAAGAGAUGAUAGGCUGGAUUUCCUUAGGUCUGAACAGCUCUGGAGAAGAGGAGCUCAAUCACUGGACUGAAAUGAAAGAGUCGAAAGGACAGCAAGUGUGUAGAUGGCAUGCGUUACUAGAGUCAUGAUGAAUAGGAUAAACGAGCAAUUACAAUCCAAGGCAGCAUUAUUUCUGAUUGCAGCGUUACUGUUUUUACCUAGUCACCAUUAGAAGAGCUGUUCUUUGAAGCCUCAUCCUCAACAUUCUACCAGAAUGCUUUAAGUUCUGUGGAAAGAACAUCUAAUAUUGACACAAAUGAAGAAAAGAUGUGUCUCUGGUAGAGCUUGUUUGGGAAAUGAGACACUUGCAUCAUCAUUGUUAACAGUCCUCCAGAGUUUUAAGAGCAUGCUUUUUGUUUGAAGUUAAUUUUACUUUAAAAGCAGAAGAGCCAGUCAUUUCAUAAAAAAAAAAAAAAAGAAAACUAUAAGUGAUUUUUUUUUAAUUAGAAUUUUUAGUUGCAACACUGUUUUAGGAUUGUCCUGUUAACCAGGAAACUCGUAUUUUGACUGGCUCAUCCCUGGUGUUGGAAAUGUUCCUUAAUCUGAAAAAGUAGGUCUCAGCUCUAUCAUGAGGCAUAUCCGAUGGCGAGGGGUUUCAAUUACAUAGAGAAUUGUUUUAUUUCAGACAUUUUCCCUCUGUGCACUUAGAUUCAUUGUGCCUCUGUUCUUCUCAACAGCACUAAAUCUCAAGUGCAAGCAAGUAUUCAUUUUCAUAAAGGAAUUUUUUUAUAUGUUAUUUAAAAAAAAAAAAAGCUCAUUUCUUCAUUUGCCUCUGCUUUUGCCUGAUCCAAAGAGACCCAGUCACUGGACUGGUCCCUUGCAAGUCUUUUAGACAGGUUGUACUGUAGAACUACGUAACUUUCUGUUGAAAGCACUUCCUGUAUUCUUGUAUUCCAAUGUAGGAAGCUAAUAGAGCAGGACUUUACUUUAAAAUUUCUUUCAACAAUUGACUCUUUAAAAAUUGUAGUAAUGUGAAAAUACAUUUUUUUACAAACUAAGAAAAUACAGUAGAUAAGCCGUUGAGAAUUGAAAACAGUUCAAGUUAAAGAAAAUGUUAAUUAUCUGCUCUGAGAAUGGAGUGACCAACACUGCAUAAAGCAGGUAGCGUUCCAGUAAGAAACUGUUCUCUCUCUAACUCUUCUUCACUCUUAUUUCGAUUUGUACUUGUGAUCUAAAGACUCUCCAGUUCUCAGUUUCAAUCAGAACAUCAUGUUAAAAACAGUUCUGAGAUUCCUUAUGAAAUUUCUAGUGACCUGUGACUAGAUUUUAUGAAAUUUACAGAUACGUUCUUCAACGUGACGUCAUCCUGUGCCUUUCAUGUAAGUUACAUUUGCUCAUACAGCUUGAAAGUUGUAUUUGCAAAAUUAGGCCUUCGAUUUUUAUAAAUGUAAAGAUUCCUCAGAACAAUGUCACAGAUCUUUAUUUCCUCUGAAGUAUGUAAAAGUUGUAUAAUGUGCUAAUUUUUUUAAAUGGCAAGGCAUUUUCAUUUGUUGUUUUUAUAUUUAGGAACUCUAAUUAAUCAGGAAUAUUAUAAGCUGUUUUCUUUUUAAUUUAGCUUCUUACCCAGUAUAUAAUUUUAUGCAUAUACUUUAUUAAAUAGAAUGUUUCGUAUAUAUGAAAAAUAUUUUCUUUCUUUCUAAUUUCUAAUUAAACUAGACAAAAAUAUACUAUUUACCAGUUAUUAAAAAGCAGCAUACCAUUAUUGUUCCUAGUCCCCACUAAGCACUAUAUAUUAUUGUAAGCUGAGGACUUGUUAUUGCCACAAUAACAAAACCAUGCAUAGACAUUAUUACUUCAGCUUGGCUGUACUGAAAGGCCUUAAAAGAAAUCCAAAAAGACAGUGAACUCCUAAUAUUUUUUAGUUUAAAAAAUGGCAGCUCUAUGCACUCAUAUACACGAAUUAUAAGAUAAAAUACAAAUGCUAUCUUGGGUGACAUGAGGUUUAAGAAUGUAUGUUAUAAAGUUGCAUUAAAGAGGAAAACCCAUUCUUUUAUUGUUACACUAAUGAGCUUUUUCCAGGGUUGCUUUUUUUAAAUAAAUGAGUUAAGUUAUAAAGUUAGAAUGUGAUCAAAUGGUGAAAUAUCUCGUAUAUGUAGCUUCAGCAAGAGUAGGGAAAGAGAUUUGAAGAGAGUAGGGUGUAGACCCCAGUGAGAAAUUUUAUUUAAGCAUUUAAUGCUACCGGGAUCUUUUCUGCCUUUGAAACAACUGACUGCAUUGCUAAGAACUGGGAUCUGCUAAUGGAAAGGGUUAGUCUCAUUUGUAGCUGUAACAAAGCCUAAUCAAUAAUUGAACACAUUAUGAGACCAGUGCGGUGCUUUCUCCUUCAGUGACAAGACCUAACUAGCUUAUUAUUUGCUACAUCUGUCUUUCUUCAGCCUCUGCCCAGAACUAUGUGUGUGCUUUUGAUCUAUCUUUACGGGGUUAUCUGGUAUAGAUAUCAAUUCCAAAAUGGCUUAAUAAUUAAUUAACAAUUUUAAAAGUUUUCAAGAAGGACCCUACCUCCACCCCAGCUGCCAAAGUCCUCAAAGAUUAUGAAUUUCUAUGUAUGUGUAUCUGUAUACACACACAUGCCUACACGCAUAUACACACACACACACACACUUUUAAAGGUGAAGGUGCCCUGGCUUUUUCAGAUAAAUAAUUAGAAGACCAUUUAUUGAGUUUGUGGAUUAUUUUUCUCCUCUCUAUAUUUACUAGAAAUUAUAUUUGGUUUGGGGUGCUAUUUGCUGCCAUUCUCCUCUACACACAGCAAAAUGUGUAUCUUUUUAUCAUGUGGAUUGACACAACUUAGAGUAAUUAUUCUCCAAAAUUUGUCUAUUCUUUUAGAAAAAGAUUAACUAGCUCUCGAGAGACCCACUUCACUCUACUGAAUCUACUGUAUAAGACAGCACUACUGCUCUUUUGUGUGCUCAAAUUUGCGUGGAAGCGUAGAGGCAAAAUCUUACAUCUCAGCAAUUUGCAGCAAAUAGGGACCCACCAGUGGGCAGCAGGUGCUGUUUCAGAAACUUGAGAAAGACAGCCCACUUUCUUAUUGUUCUCUUAAAAUCCCCUAAGUUUUAUAAUAAAAUGAGAUAGUCCAAAUAUGGCAAGUGACUGACAUUCACAGGAGCUUCCAAGCCUAGAAUUAUAGGCUUUGUCUGUCUCCCAAAUGAGCUGCAAAAUGUAGUUGUUUAUUACUGCCCAGGAAACAAAAUGUAUUUCAGAUCAGUAAAGAAUUUGUUUAGUAGAAUAUCGUCUUACCUUUCAGAAGCUUUUUCUAUACUCUUGUGUCUUCUGUACCGUCCACAUUUUGUGUGAAAUCUAUUUAUUUGCCUGUCUUCUUACUACACAUUCAGUGGAUUCUCAACAAUGCUGUAUUUAGUGACAAAAAUAAUAAAUUGGACCACAAUUUUAAAAAAGAAAAACCAGUAAGAAAAUGUCAAAGCUACCUUGAUUGGUACACACAUGUUGAAGUGCAGGGCCUGGUAGGGUGGUUUCAUCCAGCCUGGUGCAGAGAGAUGCCCAGGGCUUCCUCUUAAAUCAUACUCUUGACACCAUCAUUACUUUCAUUUACUUAUCAAGUAAAUCAGAAGCAUAAUCAAUGAUUGCAAAGUAAAACAGCACCCACGAGGGAAGAGGUCACAGGAUUGAGGGUGGUAAGAUGAAGGUGGAGACCAAAUGAUAUUGUAGCUUUUUAAGUGAACUGAAAGCCUAUUUGAAAGUAUAAAUUUUAGAUGAAGGAAGAACAGUAGUCACCAACAAAUUUUUCCCAGAUAUGAGUAGAAAUGACACAGAUCUAGUCGCCUAAAAUUGCCAUUUGCCUGCAUGGACUAGAUGGGCAAUUCACAGACAUUUUUCUCAUCAAUAGUCACUACAUUAUUUCACAAUGAUAGUUAUUGCCCGGAAGGUUUUUUUUCAGUUCACAAACCAUGGCCUAUACCGGAGGUAGCCAUCAUUAACCCCACCAACUAAACUCAAUAUUUAGCAGAAAGUUAGAUAUGCUAUGAAACAUUUUUUUUAAAUUAACUUUUAAAGCAUCAUCAGUUCCCACUAAAAUGUAUAAUAAUGAUGGUGGUAUCUGCUAUAAUGUAUUAAGGUCUAGCCUAAUAAUUUAUUAUUUUGUUUGAUUCUCACAACAGUGCUAUGAAGUAAGUAAUACUUUCAAGUUUUGUAGAUGAAGAAACUGCAGCAUAGGGAUUAAGCAGACUUGCCCAAGGUCAUCCAGUAGGUAAAUAGGAGACCCAGGGUUAGAACCCAGGUAUAAAUUACUCUAAAACCUCUACUACAUGUGUACUGCAGUGGCAUCCCUCUUCACCAGUUACAAGAAAAGGAGUUAGGAUAACAUUGCACUCAUCAGUCAUCCCACCCACUAUAACGGGACGGCAGAACUAGAAAAAGAGAAGGAAAAAUCAGAGCUUGAGAAAGAGAAACACAAAAGAUCAGGGAUGUGUUUUCUUCUCAGGAUACAAAUGGUACCUCUGUGUAAUACUUUGUAUAUGACUUUGAUUUACUCUACAAAUUCAGCCUAUACUUAAAUUCUGGAAGUAUGUUAACCAAUUUGUUCUGCUCCUUGUCCACUUUUGGGAAUCUAAGAUAUUUUAAUUGUAUAUGAUCACCUUUCUAUGAAGUGGAUAUCCUGUGUCCUUCAGCAGGUAUCUUGCCCAUAUCAGUGGUGAAAGGAACGACUGUGUCUUCCUCUGUGCUCUCAUUAUAACUUACUUCUUACAUACCCUUUAUCAAGGUUUUAACUGGAUUACAGCUAAUUUAUUACAUGUCUUUCUCCCUUAAUUUUAGUUAAUGCCUUGUCUUAUUAUCUAUAUGUGCCCCUUUGCUCAUAGUAGGCCUAUAAUAAAUACUGAGUCGAACUUAAUUUCCUAUAGAAGAUAUCAAUAACACUGUUAUAUAGGUCUCAAUUUUUUAUGAAUCCUAUGUAAUGCAUGGAUUUAUUUAUUCAUUUAUUUUACAAGAAGACCUACUAUGAGUCAGGCAUUGUUCUCAGUGCUACAGGUUAGAGAGAGUAUAUUAGAGAGACAAUCUUUUUCCCCUCAUGGAGCUUACUUACAUUCUGAGCUAGGAAGACACUACAGAAUGAUAUACAUUUAGUGGACGGGUACAACAUGGGAUCAGAACAAUCUUCCUGGGAAAGAUUACCCUUGAGUUGGAUCUCCAAGAACAAACAAAGGAAUAUAUUCUCCCCAGGAGCGAAAUUUGAAACAACUAUAGUGUGUCCCAAACUACAGUGUGUUUCAGAAUCAUUUUGAGAGCUUAAUUUGUUUUCCAAAGCCCCACCUCCAGAGAUGUUUCUUUCAUCUGGUGUGGAGUGGAACCCAUGAAUCUACAUCUUAUUAAGCUUCCCAGAAAACUCUAUCUGAUAUACCUUGGUAUAGAAUAUUGAGCUCAUGAUAUACAAUUCCUGAUAGCAACGUUUCAGUGUCCAUAGAUUAAGCGUAAUAGUGCUAAAUAAGAGCGAGAUUAUGACUAGGAUUAGUGCUCCUCAUAUACUAUUUGUGCUUCCUUAAAAAGAAAAAUAACGAAAACAUUAAAAGUGAUAUUUAAUUAUGAGUUCCUGUACAUUCACAUUCAACAUGACUUUUUCAAAGUGUUCCUUGGACUAAUAAAUUCUAUUAUGUUGGUUUUAUGAUUCCUGAAAAUUACUUUGGAUUAUGGUUCACAUAUUUCCCCCGGAAGCUGUCUUUACAGUGUUAAAUAUAAGACAAAGAGAGUCAGAGGAGCUAUUUGCCGAUGAUAUCUUCGUCGGUAUUCUCAGUGAAAUUAGGCUGACCCCUAGGUAACUAUAACAACCAUAGAUGGUGGCAUUGUUUAUUGUGUAUAGUAAGCUUUGUUGCCUUUUAUCAUCAUCUUCAGUGGCUUCCCUGACCUCACACUCCUCACAUGAACCCCAUUGCUGGCUUCUUCCCUAGCAUCACCAAUGUUUCUGUCACCUCUUCUCUGAUCUCUAUUUCCUUGAUUGUUUUUGCUUUCUUAGGAUCUUUUAUUUCAAAUAGCAAAUUAAUACAGCAGCCUCACACCUUCUUCUUUCUCUAAAAAUAAAUACUGUGUAUACAGUUCAUCUGAGUUUCUAUCCUCCCUCAUUUAAAAUGUAGACAUACCUUCUUCUCUGCUGUAAUAUUUCACAUGAAUAUUUUUUACAUUUGGAAAGUUUCCCCCCCCCCAACAAAGAUCUGUGAUUAACCCACUGAAAAAUGAGAUUAUUUGAAUAUUUGAAAUGAUCUGAUAUGGAAUUGGGCUGUUUUCGUAACUGCUGCUGUGUUGUGUUUGGUCUGGUUAUAACCUGAGGUCUGGUUAGUGCAAGUUUAAUGUGGAAGCGUGUGAUAGACUGGAAUUAUCAGCCUGUUAUCAAAAAUGAAUCUUGCUCUUUUCUCUCCCUGCUUAGCCAGGUAUGUUUCUUCUUACAGUCCUUCCUUCUUUCUUCUUCUCUGCCUUUUUUUCCCAUCUGGAUUCAUGUACAUUCACACCAAAUACCAGAGUACAUCAAAACUGAAUAAUACCUAAAAAAAAAAAAAAAAAAAACUGAAUAAUACCUAUUGAAAAGUGAUACCCUGCCUUUUUUUUUUUUUUUUUUUUUUUCCUAAAUCACAAGAACCAGACAGUGAGAGGACCAGUCCGGUUUUCCCCACAACUAGAGGGAGCAAAGCAUGAUCCCUAGAGGUCAACUGUUGCUCUGGGUGAUAGUUGUUGUUGUACAAUUACCUCUGCUAGUGUGAAGUACCUUCAUACGUUGUGUGGGUCAGGAGCAGAGAAGGAAACUUGAUUAUUAAUCUAACAAAGAUUUGGCAUAAUUUUAUUAUAGACUCUAAACCCUUUGCACAUUAAAAAUGUCUAAACUGCAAACAAAGUCACUGCUAUGGCAAUAGUUUUGCAAAAUUUUUGACAUUAUUUCCAUGUCAGGUUGACAGUCUGUAUCUUAAAUUGUCCUAUUAUUUUACUUUCCUUCUUCACCCUUUUCUUUAUUAUUCUGAUUGGUAUUUGAUGUUUGAGCUUGUCUUUUAAAUAUUCAAGACUACUUUAAAAAGAAAACCCCUUACUACCUUUCUGUUUAUUCCUUUAACAUGGGAUCUCUCAGCUGACACAUUGUUUUUAAAUUGAAUACCCAAUAGAUGAAUAUAAUACUCCAUUAUACACUGAAAAAAUAAUUUUCUGAAAUCCGUUUAUAUAUUCAGCUAUUGCUGGAAUGCUUAUUUCCAUAAAUCUAAGCAGUUAAUACUAUUUUUUUCUUCAAAUUUUUAUAUAAAUUAUAGUUAGUCAACAUCCAGUGCAAUAUUAAGCAGUUAAUAUUAAAUGCGACUAUUUUGUUUAAUGAGAAAAUAAGAAUUUUCCCAUACCUCUAAGAUUUAUUGUUUGUCUUGCCUCACAUCGGGUCGAAGGGGGAUGGUUGUGAAACCUCUUACCAGCACUUCAUCUUUGAGCUUCUGAGUGUGCUCACCUCCUCCAUGUGGUGUUGUUUUCAGUAACAACCCAACCUUUUAUACCCUGGGGGUAGGUCCUCACCACCGAUUCCUGUUCAUAACCUUCAUUAAUGUGGAUGAGGGUACCACAUAAACACCAAUAGGAAAAAAAGACCCCUAAAGCAUAAAGGAACAACUCGAAUACCUACAAGUGAUUCUAGUCAUGAAGGAGUAGAAGCCAACUUCUUAGAAAUGAGGUUUUAGGACAUCUUGUCCCUCCUUUUGGUCUUCUAUCUUCUUCUCACUUGCACUUUUUUUUUUUUUUUUUUUUAAUUUUGGGAGGAAGCCUUAAAAAGCCAUGGUUUUAAAAAAUGUCAAAUGUUGACUUCACUGGGCAGAAUUUCAAAAAGGGAAAACUGAAAUACAGACCACAGAGUCAUAGGAAGGCUUGUGUUGGGAGGGAGGGGGGCAGAUGGCGUUUGUUUUUGUUUGGGGCAGUCCUUCUGGACAAAUACUGAGAACAUUUACAGCAUUCUAUAAUUAUGUCACAUUUGUUUUGCGAGGGGAAACCAGGGUAGCUUUUGCAUAUAAAUUGGCUCGCUUAGUAUUUAAGUUUAUUUAAACAAUUAUGUGAAGCACAGCUAGAAAAUAAUGGUGAUACUUCUAACAGUACUUUGAAAUCAUAAAUAUUGCUUUAAAUUUACUACGAGAAAGUUUCCAGUAGUCGCUUGCAUUACAAAAUUAAUUUAUAAUGUUUCUGCAUAAUUUUAAUUAGAUGAUUUCUGUUUUUGUGGUGAAACUAUAGUGGCAACCAUUUUGAGGAAUCUUUAAAACUGUCGUAGAGAGGACAGCCAAACUUUGGCUGGAUUUUUAUUAGAAUUUUGAAAUGAGAAAGUGUUAUCAAUGUUUCUUUUCAGUUCAGUUGGUCUUGAUGAAGAACCAAUUAUUAUGUGAGCUUUGAGGUUCUCAAUAAAUGUUAAGAUCUGUUCUUUUUCUAAAACUCAUGAUGUUCACCCCUGCUCAAUACUCUUGCAUUGUGUUUUAUUUCUCAAAAUAAUGUAAUUUUUUAUGGAAAAGUCAAUUAGUGGAAUCUUAUAUUCAGUAUCCCCUUACUUUGCUUCUCUCCUUUCUUCUUGUUUCUUUGUUUUUCUUUCUUUUUUUUCCUUUCUUUUUCUUUAUUUUUUUUCUUUUUUGGAGGCAAAGAAGCUUCCUUAAUAGUAUAGUUUCUACAGAGCUUUCUUACUUAUUUUUCUAAUAAUGGCUAUAACAGUGUGGUGAAGAUUAAAUGCUCUGUGAGCAAAACUCUAUUAAACAACCUGAAGAAAUGCACUGCUGAUUAACAUUUCCCUUGGUCUUCAAUUGUCUCCAACAUAUUUUCUAGUGACUCUACACCAUUAAUGGAUCUUAUUAAUAUAUAUAAGUGUCUUUAUGGUUAUCACAAGUGUUGUACUAUCGUCACAUAUUCAUUUGCAUUUGGGGUCAAAAAUAUAAAACAGAUGCGUGUGUGAAACGACCCAUUUUAUAGAAUGAGCAUAUAUCUAAUCAUUUUCAUGUAAUUGAAAAUGUGCUAUAUGUGGCAUUUUAUUCUCCUAUCUACUUUUCUACUAUCUAUACACCGAUUGUCUCGGUGCCUUUUUCCUUUUGUAUAAUUGUAUUACGUAAAGAAAUCACUGACCUCUCUGUAAACAAUAUAAAAACUGUUAAAAAUAUUAAUUCCAGGAGAUUUUAAUGGCAGUUUGAUUUUCCAGAGAAUAAAUUUUUGUGUGGGUUAAAAGUUA